AUGGAUCAGCAGCUUGAAACCCUCACCACCCACCCGAACACCGCGCAGCAGGCGCGUGCGUUCACCUCCCCCUCCUCGCUCUCCUUCCCUGGUGGAGCUGGGCAUCUUACCCCACCCUCCUCUGUGAAAGAGGCUCAGGGGAUGAACGGUCAGCAGGUUGGAGGAAAUGCCACCAACGGCAACGGGGUGACCCCCGCUACUCCAGCUGCGACUCCGGGCGCCACUUCGGGAAGCAGCGGUAUUGUGCCUACUUUGCAAAACAUCGUGGCCACUGUCAACCUUGACUGCCGCCUGGAUCUGAAGACCAUUGCGCUGCACGCACGCAAUGCGGAGUACAACCCAAAGCGUUUCGCCGCCGUCAUCAUGCGUAUCCGUGAGCCCAAGACUACCGCCCUGAUCUUCGCCUCUGGCAAGAUGGUCGUGACUGGUGCCAAGUCGGAGGACGACUCGAAGCUUGCAUCCCGCAAGUACGCCCGUAUCAUCCAAAAGCUCGGCUUCAACGCCAAAUUCACCGACUUCAAGAUUCAGAACAUUGUCGGCUCCUGUGACAUCAAGUUCCCUAUCCGUUUGGAGGGUUUGGCGUCUCGCCACCACAACUUCAGCUCCUACGAACCCGAACUCUUCCCCGGUCUUAUCUACCGUAUGAUGAAGCCCAAGAUUGUCCUCUUGAUCUUCGUUAGCGGUAAGAUUGUUCUGACUGGCGCCAAAGUGCGUGAAGAGAUUUAUCAGGCUUUCGAGCUGAUCUAUCCUGUGCUCUCUGAUUUCCGCAAGGUUUAA